UUGAAGAUGUAUAUGCGACCUACGUAGUCUUCUAGCAAGAUUCCUUGAAUAUAGAUUAUUUCCAACAUUGCUGGGAUAGUUUUAAGCUUUGAUCAUAGGAUCGCUUCGUGUUUGCUCAUUCCGUGUGUGCCAAGGAGCAUUGACAAUAGUCCUUAGAAUUACGGGCUGCAGCGCUUCAUCAGUGUUAUAUGGCUCUCAGUAGCCGUACCACAUAAUGCAAUCCCGUAGAUUCAAAUUAGCUUGGUUACCGUUUUAUCAAUAGGAGGCUCAUUUCUCGCGUUUAGCUCAGAGUUCCUGCUACUUUAAUAGCUGAUUUUUGUUCUCCAUUCACUUAACCAUUGUUUCAAGAUGUAUAUGUAUUUACUUAUAUACGUAUAUGCAUAAGUAAAUAAAUAUCUAUUUAAAUAAUACCACAAGAUGAUCGUGAUCGUGACAGCGUCCACAUUCACAGCCGUUUUUAAAGUCUAGAGUCGCGUUAUUACAUGUAGGUUAAUAUAGGUCACGGUCGUGUAUACAACCGUGGAAUAGGUAGUACACGUUAUAAUAUAACCUAUAAAAGGUGUAUAACACGUGAGUAAAAUCGAAAACAAAAUGAGUUUAUUUGUCAUAAACAGAUAUGAGGGUGAAAAAGAAGAAACGAAAAAUGAAAGGAAUCAUCUGUCUGAAUUAUUAAAAAGAAUAGAAGAACGUAAAGUAGAAAGACUAACUAAUCAUCAAAUACAGGAAAGUAGUUCUCAAAAUGCACAAGAAUCAAAUUAUAAAAAGGAAAAGAAAAAAGCAGAAAAUCUUAAUAAAUGUUUAAUAGAGAAUAUUAAUUUGAAUGAAAAUAAUAUAUCAAGUGACAUUAAAAGAAAGGCAGAAAUACGUGUUUCAGAGCAUAGAAAGAAUAAAAAGAAGAGGAAAUAUAGCGAAGGAAGUUCUAAUGAAACAAAUAAAACUGCAGAUAAAACAUUGCGAAGUGAAAAUACACAUAAUCAGGAUAAUGAAAUACCUAAUAAAUCAUCAGAUCCAAAUGAAACAGAGGAAAAAAUAUCAGGACACAAUAGUGAUUUCAUAAUUCUGGGUGUAAAAAAUAAGCGAAGGAAGCGUGAAGUUAAGAGAAUUCUACCAGAAUGGUUGGCUAAUCCAGAAGUCAUAUCUAUUGAUUUAAAUAGUGGUCCAACCUUAGAAGACAUGAAUUCAAUCUUAGAUUCUAAGCUUAUUGAAGCUUUAAGAGAUAAUGGCAUUAAUAAAUUAUUUCCUGUUCAAGCUAGUAUGGUAUCUUGGCUAUUGAAAUGUAAUAAAGAUAGGCAACAAAAAUGGUGGUUAAGGGAUACAUGUGUAUCUGCUCCUACAGGCAGUGGUACGAAUGUACAAAUCAUUUAUAGCAAAUUGAAAUAUUUACAUUCUAGUUUUGAUACUUUGUUGUGUUUUGUUAAUAAAUAAUGUUAAAUUCUAAUU